UUACGUUAACUGCAUCAACCAUCAACUCAUAACCGAUCGAUUAGAUCGCUUGUUACAUCAACCAUCAACCCAUAACCUCUUGGCGACGUGUCCACUAGUCAAAAUGGCCUCUUUGAAGGAGAUUUGUGAUGGUCUUCCUCUCGACCCACUGCCGCCAGCGAGGCCAAGAGAUAGCAACAUUGCACAUGCACCGGUUAGGGUGCCCAAUUUGACGCCCGAAGAGGAAAGGCUUGCUUUGCAAAAUGCACUGCGCUAUUUCCCACCGGAACUUCAUGGUGUCCUGGCACCAGAGUUUGCAGAGGAACUGCGAGAGUACGGCCACAUCUACAUGUACCGCUUUCGCCCAGAUAUUGAAAUGAGGGCAUAUCCCAUUGAUGACUAUCCGUGUAACACCAGACAAGCGGCUGGCAUCAUGCAUAUGAUGAUGAACAAUCUGGAUCCAAGAGUCGCUCAGUUUCCCCACGAGCUAGUGACUUACGGAGGCAAUGGGCAAGUCUUUUCCAACUGGGCACAGUUUCGUCUGGUGAUGCACUACUUGUCAGAGAUGUCAGAAGAUCAGACCCUGGCGCUGUACUCAGGCCAUCCCAUGGGAUUGUUCCCAAGUCACCUGGAUGCUCCUAGGGUUGUCAUCACCAAUGGCAUGAUGGUACCCAACUACUCUUCAAGGGACAAUUAUAAUCGACUUUUUGGCUUGGGUGUCACUAUGUACGGCCAAAUGACUGCUGGCAGUUUCUGCUACAUCGGUCCUCAAGGCAUUGUGCAUGGAACCACAAUCACCGUCCUGAACGCUUGUCGCCAGCAGCUGGGCACCAGUGAUUUGAGAGGCCGGGUCUUUGUGUCGUCGGGCCUGGGAGGGAUGAGCGGUGCUCAGGCCAAGGCAGCGGUCAUCUGCGGCUGCGUUGGGGUCAUCGCAGAGGUCAGCAAAGAGGCACUGGUCAAGAGACACAAGCAAGGUUGGGUGAUGGAAAUGAUUGAUAACUUGGAUGACUGCAUCGAAAGAAUCAAGCAAGCAAGGAAAGAGAAGAAGGCUCUCAGUAUCGGUUACCAUGGCAACAUUGUGGACAUUUGGGAGAGAGUAGCAGCCGAAUAUGACAGCACGGGUGAGCUGUUGGUGGACCUGGGCUCAGACCAGACCUCGUGUCAUAACCCCUUCAAUGGCGGCUACUACCCCGUACAGCUGAGCUUUGAUGAGGCUAAUGUCAUGAUGGCGCAGGAUCCAGUCCGGUUCCGCAACCUGGUUGAGGAGAGCUUGCGUCGUCAGAUCACUGCCAUCAACAAGCUCGCCGAUCGAGGCUUGUACUUCUUUGACUACGGCAACGCUUUCUUACUGGAGGCUAGCAGAGCAGGUGCUGAUGUAAAAAAAGAAGGUGAUCAGACCGGAAACAGGUUCAGGUAUCCCUCGUACGUCCAAGACAUCAUGGGUGAUAUAUUUUCACUUGGGUUUGGCCCCUUCCGAUGGGUCUGCACGUCAGGUGACCCCAAUGACCUCGCCACCACGGACGACAUAGCGACCACCGUGCUGGAAGACUUCAUCAAACAAGGAGUUCCAGAGACAACCAAACAGCAAUAUGAAGAUAACAUCCGUUGGAUCAAGGAGGCUUCCAAGCACAAACUAGUUGUCGGUUCCCAAGCUCGGAUCCUCUACUCAGAUCAGCGGGGUCGUAUGGCCAUCGCGUCGGCCUUCAACCAAGCCGUCAGCGAGGGCAGACUUCGCGGACCGGUCAUCAUCAGCAGAGAUCACCACGAUGUCAGCGGUACCGACAGUCCCUUCCGCGAGACAUCCAACAUUUAUGACGGCUCGGCUUUCUGUGCAGAUAUGGCCGUGCAGAACGUGAUAGGUGAUUCCUUCCGCGGUGCGACCUGGGUGGCCUUGCACAACGGGGGCGGUGUGGGCUGGGGCGAGGUCAUCAAUGGAGGGUUCGGUCUCAUGCUGGACGGCGGAGAGAGGGCGGAGCAGAGGGCUAAAUCCAUGCUAGCCUGGGACGUCAGUAACGGGGUUGCUCGGCGGAGUUGGUCAGGUAACACCAAAGCCCAGGAGACCAUCUGCCACGCCAUGCAGGCCAAUAGCAAGCUCAAGGUGACCUUGCCCCACAACGUCCAAUCAGACGUCCUGGAUCGAGCCUUCAGAAAAUAACUAGGCUGGAGGGUCUCUCGGAAUGUAACUAGGAAAGGGUCUCUCAGAUACUAAGCAGGCUAGGGUUCUUGCCAAAACUAACUAGGCUAGGGGGUUUUUCAGAUUAUUUGAACACGGCAGGAAACCUAUUCAUGCAAUCAGAAUGCAUUGUAUUCAUUUCUCGUUAUUAAGAAAUCGUGUUGAAAAUGUUUGUCUUUCAUAUGUGUGUUGAGCAAAUUUCUCAGACAUAUGGCCCACUUUGUAGACCAAGUAAAAAAAA